AUGAACAUUGCCAUGGAUGUUGCGUCCAGCGAGUUCUACAAGGAGGAAGAGAAGAAGUAUGACCUUGACUUCAAGAAUCCCGACAGCGACAAGUCCAAGUGGAUCACCUACGAGCAGCUUGCCGACCAAUAUCAGAAGCUCGCCAAGAAGUACCCCAUCGUCAGUAUCGAAGAUCCUUUCGCUGAGGACGACUGGGAGGCGUGGAGCUACUUCUUCAAGACCUCAGACUUCCAGAUUGUUGGUGAUGACUUGACCGUCACGAACCCCGUCCGCAUCAAGCGUGCCAUCGAGGCCAAGGCCUGCAACGCUCUGCUGCUGAAGGUCAACCAGAUCGGUACACUCACAGAAUCCAUUCAGGCCGCCAAAGACUCUUAUGCUGCUGAUUGGGGUGUCAUGGUUUCUCAUCGCUCUGGCGAGACCGAGGAUGUCACAAUUGCCGAUAUCGUCGUUGGCCUGCGUGCUGGUGAGAUCAAGUGUGGUGCUCCCGCCCGGUCCGAGCGUUUGGCCAAGCUCAACCAGAUUCUGCGCAUCGAGGAAGAGCUCGGCUCGAAUGCUGUCUAUGCCGGCUCCAACUUCCGUAAGUCUGUCAACAUCUAG